AUGGGCGACGUCGCUGGCCCCGCUCCCGUGCGUAUCUCGUACAAGACGCUCCUCGACGAUCCGGCCUCGGUACGCGCCGCCAUUGAGGCUGGACUCGGCAGUGGCCCUGGUGCGCUGGGCCUGGUCGUCAUUGGAGACCUCCCACCCGAGUUUCCCGCCGCGCGCGAGCGCCUCUUCCGCCUCGGCGCGCAGUUUGCCUCGCUCCCCGAACCCGAGCGGGAGGAGUGUGCGCGCCCCGAGACGUCCUACUUCUUUGGCUGGUCGCACGGCAAGGAGGUUAUGAACGGCAAACCCGACACGGCCAAGGGAUCGUUCUACGCCAACCCCUUGCUCGACCGCCCGGCCGUGUCCGACUCGCAGCGCGCCGCACACCCGGAAUACUACGCCGGCAACGUGUGGCCUGCCAACCCGCCCGAGCUCGAGCCGGCGUUCAAGGCGCUGGGCAAGGUCGUCGCGGACGUGGGGCUGGCGCUCGCGCGCGCGUGUGAUGGGUUCGACCUGGCUGCUGCUGCUGCCUCCACCAGCAGCAGCGACAAGAUUGGCAUCGCCAACCUCAUUGCCCACAGCCAGAGCAACAAGGCGCGCCUGCUGCACUAUUACCCGCAGGCGGGGGGUAGCGACGGAGCCAGCGACGACGCGUGCGGCGUGCACCUCGACCACUCGAUCCUCACGGGCCUGUGUUCGGCCAUGUACCUCGACACGGCGAGCGGUGCCGUCGUGGGGCCCAACGCCGGCGCGGGGCUGUACAUCUACCCGCGCGGCGUGUCGCCGCGGGACGGGCAGGCCGUCAAGGUGUCCAUCCCAGUCGACUGUCUCGCCUUCCAGACUGGCGAGGCGGUCGAGAUCCUCACCGACGGCCGGCUGCGCGCCACGCCGCACUACGUCUCGGCGGGGCAGGACGGCACGGGCGUGUCGCGCGAGACGUUUGCCUUCUUCCUCCAGCCUGACGUCGACGACGUGAUUGGCAGCGACGGCGAGACGUUUGGCCAGUUCACCAAGCGUAUUAUUGAGCGCCACUAUGGCGACGAGAACGUGGGCAGCUCGACUAUCGACCAUGCGGAUGCAUUGUGCUAG